CCCAACUGGUAGGUGUGAGGGCGAGCCAGCCAUCAGUCCAUCAUGACCGCUCUCACAGUCCGCGUCUCUCUUGCCCUCCUCGGCCUCCUGUUGGUGGCGUGUGGGGUGGGGGCCAUGCCGGCGAGGAGCAGCUCCUGCCUCUCCCCGGUGGACCUGAGGCUGGGCAGUGCCAACGGUAGUGCCACCACAAGCAUCCCCCUCCAGGCGCGCCAACUGAAGGUGUCGGUGGUGUUGGAGAGUGGGGAGAGCGAGGGCGUACAGGUGGCCAGACUGGUGCCUGUAGACGUCGACGCCCCCAGGUGCACCACCCCGUCUGCCUCGGACCUCUCCGUCUACUGCUACAAAUACUCUGAGAUACGCUGGAGCCAUCUUGGCACCCACGGCUCCGACCAUGCUGUUAACGGGCGAAAAUCUAACUUGGAGGCGCAGCACUACCUGCGCCGGACCCACCACCAGCUGACGGGGACGCCUCUGGCCGUGGGUGUGCUCGCCAGAGUGACGCCACAGGCCAGCCUCCACAACUCAGCCUACCAGAGGUCGGUGGCAGACAUAGUGAAGUUGAUCAAGAAUGAGACGAGGAGGAUGGACUUGACCCUGGGUGACCUCCUUCCUCCCGAGGGUCGACCUUACUACCAGUACAAUGGGACUGUUCCUGGAUCAUGUACAGAGGAAACAGAGUGGUUGGUGUAUGAUGGAGAAAUGACCACCUCGCCCGAGCUACUGGAAGCCCUCAAGGGGCGGUGGAGCAGAGAGGCACACUUCGACAUCGUGGACGCCUCGCCCACAAUCUUGUACGCCAGUGGGACCUCCAACACAAAGGCAAGAUCUGGUCUGCCCACCAACCAAAGUACAGAGCAUAUAACACCCUCGAGAUCGAAAGAAAUGGUUCCAUCGGUAGUGUUGUCUCCACCCUCCACGAACUCUACCACAAGAACACCAGAGUAUACUUCUCAACUGGUGACAACGGUCAACUCAACACUCGUGAUGUCUCUAACACCUGUGGCACCUAUAGAUGCAAAUAUCUCCGUCAAGAGUUCCUCCAUGAUGGCCCAGAGCACGACGCCGCCAGUCAGCCCCACACCCAUCACUACCUCGUCCAGUGAACUGAGCUACCAGCCAGGCGGCGCCAGUGCUCCCCGGGGGGCGGUGUUGCUAGGGUUCUUGCCCAGCUCUGCACUACUCUCUCUCGCUGUAGUAAUUGUAACAGCUAUGAUUUUCAUAUUGUUUUAAUUUGCAAUCUAGAUUUUAUUUUUUUUAUGUAUAUAUAGAAAAUUGUUUCCACAUUUUCUGAAUAACGCUGGAACGUUUUUUAACGAUUGUACAAAAUAUAGCAGACUUCCUGACGAAGACGGAGGAAGUUGUUGCAGGGUUUCCUAAAACAAUAUUUGACAAUUAGUUUCCGUAUCGUCCAUGGGUGAGGGCGUCAUUAAGAACCACAUUAGUUUAUUUAAAAAAUAUAUACCAUUAGUAUCUUGGCCAGCUCUAUAAAUUUGUAAUGUAAUACCAUUUUAGACUUAAAAUUAUAGCAUCUUCUCCAAAACCAAUCGUAUUAAUUGACCACAAGGUGAUUAAACGGGGAACAUUUAAUUGUAUAAAAAUGUACUAAAAGUGAAACUUUUAGUUGUAAAUUAACAGCUCGAUUGGCCAUUUUAAUUGGAUGAACGACACUUAACCCUUUAUAGCUGUACCGUCCCCCUCCCUCGCCAUCUUGCUCUAAUAUAAACCCCAUCCUAAAGUCCAAUAGAAAAUAUGGUAAAUGGAAAAUUUGCUGUUCCCCCCAAGCAAUAUAAAGAUUCAUUACAUUAAAUAUCAUAAUGUUUUUGAGGAGUGUUCAAGGGUUUCUGCUUCGUCUCUAGCGGCUACAUAAUCCCCCAGGCUUGGUGCAUUCUUUUGAUACUUGGUUAUAUCUAGCAUGAUUAAUGAAGUGUAAAUUGGUAAAAGAAUGGAUGAAAGAAGGCAGCUAGAGUAAAAUAACUUUGGGAAUAUGUAUGAUCUGACAAAUUAAGUAGCAAUAAAUAAGCCUGUACUUGCCUUAAUUUUAUGCAUUUUUUAUUGUAAAAUAAAACUAAUUAAAU